GGAGAUAUACGAGUGCUCAGCAUUCGGUGCCAAUUCAGCCAUGGGCGAUGUUCGAUGAGCUAGCCAGUCGCGGAUGCUCAGUUUCUUCGGUCAAUUCAACCGUGUAAUUGCAGGUACGCUCAGUCAACGGAAGACUGCAGAUCGGUCUGCAUGAUGCCCCACUGGAGCCCAAGAAAGCGAACCAUUUCCGGAAGAUUGCAGGCAGCUCCCAGACAAUCAACAAUCACGCAGUGAGCUCGAUGUCUGCGAAUGUUCCUUCGCCACCUCGACUUGACUACCGCGCUUCGGCCGUCGCUUUAUAACGAUGAGACACUACUCUUCGUGCAGAAUAGUGUGGGCCUGUACGAAGGGAAGUACAAGAUCCCGAACUACCAGAAUGGUUACGCCUAUCUGACGUCGCACCGAGUGUGCUACGUUGACAAUGCUGAGCCAAGGAAGUAUUCUGUCGCUGUAGACCUCAAGGAAAUCGAACGAACCGAGUUUUACGCGGGCUUCCUGAAGUCUUCGCCCAAGAUCACUCUCUUCCCUAAGCCUGUCAAGCGAGGUAUUCAAAGCAUACGGAGUCCUAUCCCCAAAUAUGCUUCACCAAGCGAUGCACUGUUACGGCCAGCUGCCUCUCCGCCGCGUUCCAUCCCGCAGUCCCCGGCGCCAGCCAGAGACAUCCACGCCACAUGGAUCUGUCCAAUUUGCGGCUUGUCAAACACGGUUCCCUCGAACUUUGACCCAGCGACGGCGAACCAGUACACGCCUCUCCCGCCAUGUCAAGCAUGUGGCAUCAAGCCGCCGUUGGCGCUCAUGAUCAAGGCCUCGAUCUCUGCCAUGUCAAAUCGACCUUCUGGACCCGCUUCAAUUGUACCACAGCCUCUACGGCAGACCAGCGGACUAGACCACCUACAGGACGUCGCUCAACAAAGGUCAAAUUUGCCUGACAAUGUUUGUCCUAGGUGCACAUUCCACAACCAUCCAUCGCUUACGAUAUGUGAGAUAUGUGGCGCAUCAUUGUCAACAAUAGCAAGUGCUGCAUUGCCUGUUGCAGACAGUCCUGAACGGCCAGAGUCUCCCGGACCAAGUCUUGGCAGUACGAUCGUGGGUGACGAGAGCAUCGAAACCAUCAAGUUCUCCUUCAGGGCUGGCGGUGAAAAGGUGUUCCUCGAAAGACUCAAAGGCGCGAUGGUGCAGCGGAAAUGGCUACUGCAAAGUGCACCGCCCGUGCCAAGAUCCCCAAUGACACCAACGCGAGACUCGUACGGCCUUCUGAAUCCGCCAGAUAGUCCGGCGCGAUCAGGAACACCACAGCAGAGAGUUAUCGGUAUUGCCGGACUCGAGCGCAGAGGCGCCGAACUGAGACAGAACAAUCAAACAGUCAUCGGUACGGCGUUCGAGGACCUUGAAGCACUGAUGACAUCUGCCAAAGAGGUUAUUGCCAUGGCUGAGCAGUUUGCCAAGCAGAACGGCAACGAUGACUCCGCAGAGACAAGAAACAUACUCGCAGAUUCUGCCUCCGCCCUCGGUCUAGUCACCACGAGAGAUAUGCUUGGUGGCGGCUCAUCUUCCGAGACAUUGUACAUCAAUGAGCUGUCACGUAACCUCGCCGAGUACCUGACUGACGACAGAAGAGGCGUGCUUCGGAAAGAAGGCGGCAUUAUCUCUCUUGUUGACUUGUGGGCUGUAUUCAACCGGACACGCAACGGAAUUGAGCUGAUAUCUCCUUUGGACUUCGAAAGGGCAGCACUGCUAUGGGACGACUUACGACUCCCGAUCCGCCUACGCCGCUUCAAGAGUGGUCUGCUCGUAGUACAAGAGCGAAGCCGGACCGAUGAAAAGACCAUCGCCGCACUGCUAGCAUGGCUGCGAGAGCCACAGUAUGCCUUUCCACCGGAUCAUGACGAUCGCUUGUGUCAGAGCUUCGGGCGAGGCGUGACCGCACUGCAGACCGCCGAACGCUUUGGUUGGAGCGUAGGGGUAGCGACCGAAGAGCUUGAGAUGGCGGAGGAGACUGGCUCUCUUUGCCGAGACCAAUCGAUCGACGGCAUCAGAUUCUGGGAGAACCACUUCACCCAUGCAUCGAGCGGUGUCAAGCAAACGAACGCAAUGGGGAUGCUUAACGACUUGCAUAUCUAGUCCUAUAAUACAUCGAUCAUGAUGAAGCGUCUGUUUCCGCUUACACUUCGUGU